AUGUAAAUUAUUCUAGGGCCUUUGGGCACCAUUGAAUAAGUGGAGAAUUACAUAAUUGUUGAUGAUUGUUUCUAGGACACAUUCCAUUCUCUAUUAGCCUUAAAAUUCAUGAUAAAUAUGUCAUAGAUCUUGAUGACUUAAUUAACAGGAUGUUUUCUUCUUUAUUUUUCAUGCCCUGUUUUGGUGGAUCGACUGGACAACUACAGCAUUGGUUUCAUUGGCAUUUGCUGGUUCCAUAGGAAUGACACUUGUCAUUCUCGGCUGCGCUCUCCCGAUAUAUGGAUCUUGGUGGCCACUAUUCGUCAUUCUAUUUUAUGUACUCGCCCCAAUUCCAACUAUGAUAGCACGGAGAUACACUGAAGACUCUGGUAGCAACAGUAAUCCGUGUUUGGAGCUAGCAAUAUUUAUAACAAUGGGUAUUGUUGUGUCAUCCUUCGCUCUUCCCAUCGUUUUAGCGCGAGCUCCAGCUGAUGUAGGAACGAUUCAACCAGGUGCCUGUUUUCUAACUCUAGCUGGAAACGUUGUAGUCUACUCGACACUCAUUGGCUUCUUCAUGACAUUCGAUCACGAUGACUCAGACUACAGUAUGUGGUGAAGGAUUAAAAUCCAGCUGUACUUACUUUUCCAUAGUAAGAUAUUGAUGACACUCGAUAACAAAAUCUAAGUGAAACAAGUCGAAGACGAAUAAAAAAACGUCCCCCCUAAUAAUCGAGACAGUAUCGAGAUUCCACGAGUGUACUCAUACUAUUUACUCUUUCCCCUUCAUUUUAUACGAAUUAAAAAAGAAAAUAUUGCGCGAGAAGCAUUGACUGAUGGCUACGCUUUAAUUUUAAUUACUCUAAAACAUAGAUAACGAAUGAAUAAAUAUAACUACCGGUGUGAAGAUUCAAUGAAAAGGAGGAGCUAUCCAAUCAUGUUUUUAUUUUACGUUUGUUCGUAAUUAGAUGUCGUAUAAGUUAGAUACGACUAUGGUCUUCACAUUAAUUUGACAUUUUCUUGUUAUUCAUUUGAGAUGAGAAUUAUUUUUCUUACACUGUAUUAACUAUGUUUACAGUUACAUUCAGCAUUUUCUUCUCAUUUUUUCAGUUUUUCUAAUAGUAAUCAGUGAAUUCGUCACUAGUUGAGUGAUAAAAGAAAGUAAAGGAAUUAUGUAGUUGAACUGUUUUCGCAGGAAUAAAUGGGGAAAUCAUGGCAACUGAUGAAGGAAAACAAUGUACAAUUGUAUUCAUGAAAUUAUAUAGUUUUUCUGACAUUUCUGUGAUGAUAAGUUUUAAUAAAAAUUCAGAAACUAUUGUAUGUCUCUAAAA